GGGGGUCUGAAAUAAUCCUCAUUUAGGAAAAAGGGUUGACCUGACAAGAAGAACCGGUUGGUACUCUUUCAUGAAAAAAGGGGUCGGAUGCUGGAAACAAGAUGGCGCGAUGGCUGUCUUUCCCGACUUAUACCAGCGGUCCAGAGAUGCAAGUAGACGUAAAGGAUGGGGUGUCGGUCGUCCUCCCGGAAGAUGGGGCGUGGACGGAUCUUGAACCAGCUUAUCAAACCGUAAUACUGGAAGGGGAGGACGCGUUCCUAUGGAUAGAGACGGUAUGGGCUAAUGUUAGCUUGACAAGGUUGUCGCCAAGUUUAAUGGAUUUGGAGUUUCGGGGAACAGUGGAAGCUCGGGGGUGGGUCUACUUGUCGCAAGAUGGGGAGAAUGCUAUGGUCGUAGAGUUGGCACUCGGGAAUGCGCCGGACGAGCUGUUUAGGAAGGCUGAAGCGGAGGUUGUGUGGGCCGCGUGUCAGCGAAGGGAAAUGGAAAUGGAAAGGGUAGAUGUGCGGGUGGAACUUGGGGAUAGAGGAAGCAUGAGGCGACCCGACCCGAUGUGGCUUCUAGGGGAUGCAGAGGGGCGAAGCUGGAGGGAAGGCAAGAGGUUCGCCAAUGAGGGGUGGGACGAAGUUAGUAGCAAAGUUGUGAUGGGAGGGUGGAAAGAACUCAGGCCUCCCUGCCUGCGCAUAACAGCUUGGAUGCCCCAGUUCGUGGCCGACUGGUUCGGGGGUUUUGAGCACAUAGCAGACGUAGCCGACUCCAUGAGGAAAGUACACAUAGAAUGUGCCUGGCUGACCGAGGAGUUCUAUAGGUUCUCCUUAAAAUAUAGGACCUUCUACGGGGAUAAAGCCGGUGAGGUCAUCACCAUCCCGAAGAUAGGUAAAUACGACCGCCUAGAGGCUAGCCCUAGGUUGCUCAAAGGGCUUAGACAACUGUUGACUCGGCGGCGAGUAGAAGUAGGCGACAACCCCGAAUUACCACAAGGGGAAAGGGAGGAGGAAGUUCCGCAAGAAGUGGCUAACCUUCAGAGGAGUCACGGGGACUUGAAAGAUCUCGAUAAAGUUUUUGCAGACAUUCGUUUGAGCUUGCCUGACCGAGAGGGCGGCGAGAUCAUGAGGUCACCCCCCGGGACAAAGCUUAGCUUUCAUACACUGCCCGUAGGGAAGCUGAAAAUCCAGAUCGGGACUCAUCAUACCGACCCGUUAGUAGAAGGGGGAGCAGAAAUCACUCUCAUAAGAAGAGAUUUCGCAACGAUCACGGGAUGUACGGUAAACAAGGAAGUAACAGGGAGCAUCCGGGGAGCUGGCGGGGAAAUCCUGUUCGCUGGGUACGUCACAAAGUGUGCUGUACAGGCAGGAGUCAGGGAAUCGAUCUGGUCGUUUCAGCGGAUGACCGUAAAGGAGGAAAUGGACCACGACAUAAUCCUCGAGAGACAGUGGUGUGCGAACGUGGAGAUGAUAGGCAUGCACUUGCACGAUGGCUCAUACACGGUAGACAUAGAGGACCCAGUGACCGGCCGGGGAGAGCUCCUCCGACUCCUUGGAAUGGGAGGAGACCCCCCGAAGGGGAAAUUAGCAACAUGGUCGCCGUCGUUCGAGGAUAGCACGCGAAAAGGGACUUUCGCACGGAUGAAGGGUAUGAGAGAAAGGGUAGAAAUCAUGAUUGAGGAAGCAUUCAACAAGAAGGAGUGGAUCAAGAUGGGCCUGCCCCAGAAGAAGAGGAGGCAAGAGGACGAAGUCCUAGGUGUUAUGGUAGCAGAAAAGGAGUCAGAAGUCGAACUUGGUGCUAGCCUUCCCAAACGGAAAGAAGUACGCGUAGGCGUGCCAGAAGUCGCACUCGAGAUCCCCGAUGUGUUACAACUCAUCAAGGCUCUCAGAUACCACAAGGUAGGAGUGGACUCAGCAGCCCUGGCCAAGUUCGAAGGAGAGGUGCAAAAGGGAUAUUGCCUGAAUGGGAAACUAGUUAGUAUUCAACCACGAGUCGUAAAGGCAACGAGGGCGGUUCCGACUGUUAAUUUUUUAGGAGGAAGAUCCCGGAAGGAAGUGUUCGAAAGUACAAGCCGAAUGCUCGCCGUGGUCGGGGACAUGUUUUCAGAAAAGUGUGAGCCCUAUAUCGACGACAAUCCGAUCAAAGGUGCGGAGGAGAACGACGAGACAGAAGUCCAACUAGGAAUCCGAAAGUUUGUGUGGGACCAUCUACAAGACAUCGAGGACUUGCUCCGCCGGUUCCUAGUAUACAACAUCACGGCUAGUGGACCAAAGAGUAUUCUAGCAGUACCAGAAGUAACCAUACUAGGAUUUCGUUGCGGUGCUUACGGUAGGAAGCCGGAUCCGGCAAAAACGGACAAGAUAUCGCAGUGGUCAACCCCCCUGCGCACUGCAACGGAAGUGAGAGCAUUCCUAUGCGUGGUCGGUUUCUGGAGGAUCUUCAUUAAGAAUUUUGUCAAGAUUGCGGAGCCUAUCCGGGCUAUGAUCAGGGAGGAUGGAACUAUGGAUUGGACGGAGGAGCGAGAAGGAGCGGUCCAGAAGCUUAAGGACAUAUUGACAUCAGAGACAGUAGCCCUGUCCGCACCUUGUUUUAAUGACGAAGUAGGACGACCCUUCAUCCUAGAGACGGAUGGAGAACCUUUAGCCGUAGGGGGCGUGUUGAUUCAAAGGGAUGCGGGAGAAAAAGAGAGACCGAUUAGGUUCGAAAGUAGAACCCUGAACUCCGCAGUGCGGCGGUACUCGCAGUUCAAGAAGGAGGUCCUAGCCAUCCUGCAUUGCCUUAAGACCUUCCACGCCCACUUAUUUGGGAGACGGUUCAUCUUAAGGAUCGAUCCGAUGAAUGUCGCAGAGGCUCUAAAGAAUUACAGGCCCAUAGAUCCGACGGUGGGGAGAUGGGAAGGAUUCAUCUGGCAGUUCGAUUACAAGAUCGAAUGGAUUGCUGGAAUCCGCAACAAGGCAGAUGGGCUGAGUCGGGUUUGCAUCACUCCCGAAGGGAUGGAGGAUGUGGAGCCCAUAGACGCAUUCCUCGAAUACGAAGGAGGGACUCUCGCGGUGGAUAACGAAAUGAUGAGCGGGGAAUGCACAUCGGGAGAACUAUUGAUCCAGACCUUGGAGAAGGGGGCACCUGCCGUAGUAGCAGAACUUAAAGAAGGAUCAGUUACCACUCGAGGACGCAGAGAAGAAAAGGACUCAUGGGGAGCGAUAGUAGGACCAAAAGAGGAACUAAUAGCAAUGGUGGUCGAGGGAGGCCGGGAAACUGUGAUGAGCUUAGUGGAAUUUUGGGAAAGGAAAGAGUUGCAAUGGGGGGUAAAUUAGAUGCAGGAAGGAAAGGAUGGGGGCCAGGAAGGGGAGGAGUUUUUCUAUGUCCAAUCAUACGAAUGACUCUUUCGAGAGAUCGGGCUGUUGCUGGUAGGCAACAAACGACCUACGAAAGU